UAAACGAGAAAAAUAGGCAAGGCGGGGGUUAUACGUUCACUGCCUGAUGCUCAGGAGGAGGGACCGACACCGACUUGGACAGCAACGACCCCGUGUCAGCUCCGCCUCCAGCCCCGCCGGCCGGCAGCUUCCUAUCCAAUAAGAAGAAGAAGAAGAAGAAGACAACAAAGUUCAGCUUAAUUAACACCCCUCAUCUCUGAAUAGAUUUUAGGUAUUCUGUAACUUUUCCGCCACCAUGCGCAGCAUUGCGAGCUCCGUUUCACCCCGAGGCAUCGCGGCCAUCGUCGGCGUGGGGCCCAGGCUCGGCCUGUCAGUGGCCCGCAAGUUCGCUCGCGAAGGCUAUACCGUCGCCAUCCUCGCCCGGGACCUAGGGAGACUCUCGACAUUCGCGGACGAAAUAGCGAGGGAGGAGAAGGCGCAGGUGUUCGCCAUCCGAAUCGACUGCUCGGACUCGAGGAGCGUGAGAGAGGCAUUCGAGACGGUGCUCUCGCUAGGGUUCGUGGAAAUCCUGGUUUACAAUGCGUACCAGCCCACCGUGGCCAAUAAUAAUCAGCCAUGCCCUACCAACUUCGCUGACAUUCGCCUGGACACCUUCCAGAAAUCCGUAGCCGUCUCCUCCGUCGGCGCCUUCCAGUGCGCCCAACUGGUAAUCCCGGGCAUGGUGGAAAGGGGAAGAGGCACCAUACUCUUCACCGGCUGCUCCGCUUCUCUCCACGGCAUUGCUGGUUACUCCGAAUUGUGCUGUGGAAAGUUCGCGUUGCGAGCAUUGUCGCAGUGCCUGGCGAGGGAGUUCCAGCCUCUCGGCGUACACGUGGCACAUGCCGUCAUCGACGGCAACGUUGGCUCGCCCAGAGGAGCGUUGACGUCGGAGCAGCAGCAGGGCGGCGGAAGAGGGUGGACGGUGGACCCAGACGCGGUGGCUCAGACCUACUGGUAUUUGCACACCCAGGACCGGACUGCCUGGACCCAAGAGAUCGAUCUUCGUCCAUCGGACCCUAGAUUCUUCUGAUACAGCUUACGUCAGUGCUGGCAACUAGUCAACUUCCCGCUGAAAAGGGUUUAUGGAUUGGUCAUUAUUAAUGUUGUCGCAGCAGGAGCAGGGAUAUGAAGAUAGCGGAUGUUGUUUCCGGCUUUUGGAAGAAAGGGAGGGACGACUGAGCGAGUAACUUGUCCAUAAUGCUGAAUGUUGGUUUGCUGUAUUGUUCAUUAUAUGUGGAUAUCAUACGUUUAAUAUUGCUUUUAUUAGGGUUUUUGGUCCUUGUAUCGAAGACACAGUAAUGAAGGGAGCUGGGUGGGGGGGCCAUGUAGGGGUAGUAGUGUGGGGGCGAGUUUGCAUGGACAGUAAAAGCGCUUCGUGUCCAAAUUGAGGACACACAACAUGCUGCUUUGCUUUGCUUUAUAAAUAUAUAUAUAUAUAUAUAUAUACACCUAAUGUUUCUUUCUUUCUAUGCAUCAAUAAAUUUUUCAUCUU